AUGGCAAAUGCAACGUUCUCCGACCUACCUGCCCUUCCUUCCUAUACCCUGAAACCCCGUCCAUCUAUGAUACCCGGAGUAUCAGAUCCCCUCCUCCAACUCCUCGCUCCUGUCAUUGCCUAUUGGGUCGUCUCACUGUUCUUCCAUAUCUUGGAUACCUAUGACCUGUUCUCGGAGUACAGACUGCACACUCCAGCCGAGGUCCUCAAACGCAACCACGUCACUAGAUUCGAAGUCCUUAGGGAUGUUAUUAUACAGCAAAUAGUGCAGACGGCGUUUGGAUUGAUUAUUGCUUCCUUCGACCCUGUCGAGACGAUUGGUAAAGAAGAGUACGACAUCGCCGUCUGGGCCCAGCGUCUGCGCCUCACCGAAAGAUACAUUCCAACAUUACUCAGUUGCGUCGGCUUGGAUGCUUUAUCUCUGGGUCAAAGAUUGCAACACAGCUAUCCUCAACUUGCGGGCGCUUUGACCGGAGGGAUCUACUCGACCCCGUCAUUUGCAUCGUGGGAAUUGACAGCCGCGAAGUCGAUUUAUUGGAUUGGCAUUCCUUUGAUCCAAUUUACUGUCGCUACCCUCAUAGUAGACACAUGGCAGUACUUCCUUCAUCGUGCCAUGCACAUGAACAAAUUUCUUUACACCACCUUCCAUUCUCGGCAUCAUCGGUUGUACGUUCCCUAUGCGUAUGGAGCACUCUACAAUCAUCCUGUGGAAGGCUUCAUGCUCGACACGCUCGGGACGGGAGUGGCCUACUUGAUAACCGGGAUGACAAUCCGACAAGGCAUGUGGUUUUUCACUAUCUCGUCAAUCAAGACGGUCGAUGACCAUUGCGGAUAUGCUUUUCCAUGGGAUCCUCUCCAACACAUCACCUCGAAUAACGCGGCUUAUCACGAUGUGCACCAUCAGAGCUGGGGUAUCAAGACCAACUUCUCGCAACCAUUUUUCACGUUCUGGGACCGUCUUCUUGACACCGCAUGGACUGGUGGAGAUGUGUCAGCCCGCUACGAACGCGAUAGGAUUGCAGCCCAAAAGAAAGUGGAUACAGAUGCCGCUGCGAACCGUGCUUCAAUUGUUAACUCACCAAACAUUGAUAUUGACCAUGCAGAGAACCAAGCUCGCUCGAGUCAGAGGCAGGUCCUUGACGACACAGCGAAUGGUGGGCCUCAAGUGCUCGAGGAGGAAGCAAAGGAAGAGCAGGAAGUCAAACAAGCCUUGCGGCGGAGCACCAGACGCAAGAGUGGCUUUGACGCUAAAUCAAUAUCGGAUCGCGUUGCAGGCAUCCACAGCAGGAGUCCGGCAAUCCUACAUGCAGACGGGAUGCAUUGA